CCUUUACCUUGUCUUCUCACAACACACAAAUCACAAGUCACACCCAUUAUUAUUAUUAUUAUUAUAAUAUUAAUAACAAUUAACAACCAUCACCAUCACCAUGGCUAAAACCUUAACCUUCUUCUCCACACUCACCGUCCUCUUCUUCCUCUUCUCGUCCUAUGUAACAGCCAAACAACCUCGCUUCUAUCGAACCAUCUCUCCCACAUCUCUGGGCCUCCGCAAAGAGAAGCUCAGCCACCUCCAUUUCUAUUUCCACGACAUUGUCAGCGGCCCAAAGCCCACCGCCAUAAGGGUGGCCGAGGCCCAAGUGACAAAGCAUUCCCCCACCCUCUUCGGAGCGGUGGUCAUGAUCGACGACCCCUUGACAGUGGGGCCCGAGCCCAGCUCCAAGCUGGUGGGAAAAGCCCAGGGAAUCUACGCCUCUGCUUCGCAGAACGACAUGGGGUUGCUGAUGGUGAUGAACUUGGAGUUCUCGGAAGACAAAUACAAUGGCAGCACGCUAAGCUUGCUUGGUCGGAACGCGGUGCUUCACACCAUCAGGGAGAUGCCCAUCGUUGGUGGCAGCGGGCUUUUCCGAUUCGCCCAUGGCUAUGCUCAGGCCAAAACUCACUGGAUCAAUAUCACUUCAGGGGACGCCAUUGUCGAGUACAAUGUCUACGUGUUCCAUUAUUGACCCUUCCAUUUUCUUUGCUUCUUUCGGUGUAAAGAACAGAACAACUUUCGCUACUUGCCUUCUUCUUUGGGAUAAGAGAUUCUAUUUAUUAUAUUCUGUCCUUUUUGUUCUUUCUUCUUUUUCUUUUUACUUUUUAAGUUUAUUCAAUUUGCUGUUGCCUUUUAA